AUGACGAGCAUAGUGAGGAAAUUCCAUUACCAUCGGGUCAUUCAGGGCCUCAUGAUUUGGGACAAUGGACAUGAUGAGUUCCGCGUUGUCUUCAUUUCCUCUAGUUCAUGGAAAUGGCGAUUCGACAAUCUUGGGGUCCUUGAUCUUCGUGACGAGCUCACGGACUUGGGACUUGGCUUGAGUGGCUCGGGCGCGAAUUCCCAAAACGAAGAGAGAGACGGAAAUGACCGCUCCUGA